AUGCCUCCAUCGACUCGGCACAAGAACUAUGGCGCAGCUCGAAAAACGCGUGGGACCGCGACGCCUCAUAUGAAGCGGGGGAGUUGCAGGGUCAGCGAGCAAGCUCGGAAGCCUGCUGUUCCGAGAGUGACUCCCUUCGUUCGGAAGCGCUCUACACAAGCCAAAGCCAGCGUCCGGGACUUUAUCGACCAUGGCGACCAUGAAGAUCAAAAGCCUGUGGAGAUCGUGGACACGACUUUGCCAAAGGACGACAAGGAGCGUGAGACGUGGGCUAGGAAAUUAUACAUUGCACUGCUCAAUGGUCCAAGACUCAGUCCUGAGACUGCUGGCACUACCGCCUGGGAGGUCUUGGAAUCGACUGAGAACCUCUUCCGUGACGGUCCCUCAGUCGGUCUAAUUAGGGAUAAUGCCGCCUCGGCAAUCGUCGAGCAGCUGAAGACCGUGACGUUCGGGCAGUACUUCGAAGAUCUGCUGCGCUUCGUCGACGAGCAACGCGUGAAGAGCGACGUGAUCGGAUACAGCGCUGAAGGGCUGUUGAUGAAGAUUGCAAGAGUGAAGAGGAGUAACGCGGCUGCGACCGCGCCUGAAGUUGACGCUAUACCACAAUCAAGAAAGGCGCAGGAGACGACGGCGAAGUAUAUCGACCUGACCAUGGAGCUUUAUGAAGACGAGACGAGUGACGAUACCGAUGCUAGCGAGGAUGAUGUUGGCUCUGAUCAAGAGCGUCGUGAGGGUCAUGGUAAGUCGCUCACAGUUGCACCCGUAUUUACACGAGUAAUUAAACUAAAAGAAGCAGAAGUAAACAUGCUCGAAGACGUGCCAACCCAUACGAAAUCUCUCACCGGCUUGCCUACUCGCACUGUUCCGCAUAACGCCGCCGCCAUCGAUUUGACUGAGAUAUCUGAGAGUGAGGGAAGAGCUGAUAUGGAGUCACACAAUGCCAUGAAAGAUGGAAAAAGUGCUAGAAGCUCAGCCAAUGAGGCGGACGUGCAUCGCGCUUCCUAUUUCGACCCUGAUCCGUUCUGGAUGGUGCACUUGGAGACCAUGAGGAACAAGCGGCGCUCUGCGGCGGCUAGGAAGGGCUAGUUGUUGGAAUCUAGGUAGAUUCUCUGCG